AUGUCAUACUCGGACACAGACGACGCAAGCACAAAGGACGUGCUUCAACCUCACACCCCUCCUCCACCCGCACUCGAGCCCUACAUGGCCUUCACAACCAUCCCGCGUGCUGCCCCCGGAACCACCUGCUGUAGCAUCUCUACCCUCCUCCACAACAACCACACCACCCUCCUCGUCACCUCUGCCACCAAGGUCGCCGAUGGCCUCACCGCUACCGCCUUUGUCACCUAUACCAUCAAAGUCGGGGAUAAUGAGGUGAAGAGACGUUACUCAGAGUUCGAGUCAUUGCGAAAGGUGCUCUGCAGGAUUUACCCAACGUUGAUUGUUCCUCCCAUCCCAGAGAAGCAUUCCAUUUCCAACUACGCCAAUAUCCAGAACAAGAGCAAGGAGGAUGCCGCGAUGGUUGAGAAGCGCAAGCGCAUGUUGCAAAAGUUCCUGAACAGACUGGCCAAGCACGAGAUCUUGUCCUACGAGCAUGUGUUCCAUCGCUUCUUGGAGACGGGGGUUUCUUGGACCGAGUUGAUGCAUUCACCUCCUAUCUCGACGCUGCCCAAGAACGCAUUGAACGCGACUUUGACAGCCAGCUCAUCUUCAGCCAAUCUCCUUCGACAGGGCUUUGACCAGCCCCCUUCACCUUCAGCUUCAUCGCAGUCAUCUCCAGGACUUGCUGGAUCUACAGGACAUCCUGGUGGAGUUCCUCCUGAAAUCCUGAGGGAGCCCAACCCUCGCUUUAUUGAUAGCGAGGUCUUCACCCAAAAGUUCUCCAACCAGUUGUCAGGAAGCAUGGAUCGCAGCCAAAAGAAGGUCGUCCGCAAACUUGGAGAAAUCGCGAAUGACAACUCGGAUUUGGGCGCGACAUUGAACGGAUUCAGUUUGAACGAGUCGGAUUGCGUUCCUCUUGCCAACGCUAUCGAAAAGAUUGGACAGGCCGUCGACUCGAGCUUCAUGGCUACAACUGCAUUGAUGCAAGCACUGGAGAUCAAUGUCAACGAGCCGAUGCAAGAAUAUGUUCAGUAUGCCAGCAUUAUCAAGGCAAUCCUCAAAUUCAGACACCAGAAGCACAUUCAGUCCGAGAGCACGGCCGAUCAGCUGGAGGCCAAGAGGAGUUCAUUGGAUAAUUUGGAGCGUAUGGAAACUGAAGCCAAGAGGAUCGAAUCUGCACUAAACAAGGGCGAGCGCUCAGGAUCCACUGGUGGUGCUCAAACCAACAGCAACAACAACACCACCACCUCGGGAACUGCUGCUCGUAACGAGACGGCUACUCUUAACGACGAUGAACAUUCGAUCUCUGAGGAAGGGACAUUCACGAACGAACCUGAGAGUAUCCACACGUCGACUGAGAUUGGAGAUGAGGCUGCCGACUUUAACCCCUAUGCACGCACGUCCUCAACAUCAGCACCAAAGGCUGCGGAAGCGGACUCGUCGAAUGGACAUGUGGAUACGACAGCCAGCCCCUACGCCCAGCUGCCUCCUGCCAACCCUUAUGCCACCACCCACUCGCCCCCUUCCAGUGCUUCUGUGAAGCGUCGUAGCACGCGUUUGAACGUCUUCAGUGCGCUCAGCCAUACUCUCCAUAGUAUCGUCGAUGUCGACCCUGAAGCCACCCGCCGUAACAACAUUGGCAAAACCCGCGACGCCAUCGUACAGUUGGAGGAGCAGUUGGAGACAACGAACUCUGACUUGGACAAGAUUUCGCGUGCGGUUCAGGGCGACUUGGACCGGUUCCAGUUGCAAAAGACCAAGGACCUUCGGGACAUUUUGCUCGCCUACGCUAAAGCCCAUCAAAAGUGGUGCCAAAAGAACUUGGGCUCGUGGCAGGAGGCAAAGGAUAAUGUUGAGCAAAUACCAGUUUAA